AUGAAGUGGUCUCUAGGUGCCUUACUCUUCUCCGGGCUGUGUCUCGCAGCCAAGCGUCCCAACAUCCUGUUCAUCUUGACCGAUGAUCAGGACAACCACAUGGGCGGCAUUGACUCCAUGUCCCGAUUGCAGGAGUCGAUCAUCAGCAAAGGCGCCGCAUUUGAGAAGCACUUUUGCACUGUCGCCAUUUGCUGUCCUUCCCGAGCGAACCUCUGGACCGGCCGCAUGCCCCAUAACAACAACAUCACGGACGUAGCUCCGCCGUACGGCGGAUACCCACAGGUGGUCAAGUUGGGAUGGAACGACAACUACCUGCCGCUGUGGAUGCAGGAUGCCGGGUACAACACCUACUAUGUCGGUAAGUUGUGGAACUACCAGAACAUCGACAACUACAACGACCCGCCGCCGCGGGGGUUCAACGGAUCCGAGAUCAGCCUGGACCCGUACACGUAUCAGUACUACAACAGCAUGAUGACACGCAAUGGCGGCGAGCCGGUCAGCUAUGCGGGCCAGUACAUCACGGAUGUGAUGACGGAGAAGGCGCAUGGCUUCCUGGACGAAGCGCUGGCGGAUGAGCGGCCGUGGAUGAUGACGGUGGCCCCCGUGGCGCCGCAUUCCAACGGCACGUUGGAGAUCCACUCGGGCGUUUUUUGGCAGAGCCAGCCGGAGUAUGCCCCGCGGCAUGCCCAUAUGUUCAAAGACUACAAGAUCCCCCGGGAUGCAAGCUUCAACGCCGCGAUCGAUGGAGGGGUGAGUUGGAUUGGGAAGUUGGAUGCGUUGAAUGAUAGCGUGAUUGAGUACCACGAUGAGUAUCAGCGGUGUCGACUUCGCUCACUUCAGGCGGUCGAUGAGAUGGUCGAGAGUCUGGUCUCGCGCUUGGAAGAAGCCGGCGUGUUGGACACCACGUACAUUUUCUACUCGACCGACAAUGGCUACCAUAUCAGCCAGCAUCGACUGGCCCCUGGAAAGGAGUGUGGCUUUGAUACGGACAUUCACAUUCCGUUGUAUGUCCGCGGACCGGGUAUCCCUGAGAACAAGACGUUCAGCGCCGUCACCAGUCACACCGACUUGGCGCCGACGUUCCUUCGGAUCGCGGGGACCACGACGGAUGGACUUGAUGGUAAACCGCUGCCCUUUACGAUGGAAGAGUCAUGCCAGUCGAAGACAGAGCAUAUCGGAGUCGAGUACUGGGGUGUGAACCUCCCUGAAGGAGUAAACGGAUACCGCAAGGUCCCCCUGGAGGACGGUAGCAAACACAAUAUCAACGUCUACCACAACAACACGUACAAAGGUCUGCGACUGGUCGGCGACGAAUACAGCCUCUACUACUCAGUCUGGUGUAGCAACGAGGUGGAGCUCUAUGACCUGACCACUGAUCCCUACCAAAUCACCAACCUUGCGUCGAACCGCGUUCGAUUUGCAAACCACACGGUGGCGGGUCGUCCUCUGCACCAGGUCAUCAACCGUCUGGACGCCCUGAUGAUGGUGGUCAAAUCGUGCAAGGAAGAUUCCUGCCGCGAACCCUGGAAGGAGCUGCACCCUGGGGGAUACGUCGAGAACCUGAAGGCGGCGCUGAGCCCGGCCUAUGAUGCUUUCUAUGCGCGACAGCCGAAGGUGCACUUCCGCAACUGCGAAGAAGGCUAUUUGAUUUCGGCCGAGGGGGCGCAAUCAAUCCAUCCGUAUAAGCGCAAGCAACGCCGGAUCUUUGACUACGGCGACCAUUUAGGAUUUUUCAGCUAG